UUAUAGAAUUUUAUGAAUUUUCACUUGGGACAAAUAGAUAGAUGCACUUAUGCAAAUUUUAUAUCUGAUGUCAAAAUAUAUUCAGUGAUUAGGAAUUAAUUAGGAAUUGUAUAUGUCAAUUUUUUUAUAAACUUGAUCAAAGUUUAGAAAGUCUGACUUGACACAAAACUAAUAUCCAGAUUAAAUAAAAACGGAGGGAGCGUCUAUUUUCUGUCCUGGUACGUGAGUUUGGUUUCAUGAUUUGUGAAAAGAAGUUCCAGACAUGACCGUAGCAAUCAUAGGAAGCAAACGAUCAUAAACAGAUGAUCAUUACCUCUGAAAUAUGAGUGGCUAUUGUUGAAGGGUCUUAAUCAUCUGGAAUUAUUCUUAUAUCCCUUAUGUACACUCUUUUAGCAUAUUUCUUAGGUCAAUCUGGAUCAUUCUAUUGACAGACUAGUACUUCCAAGGAAAUUUGCCCAUUUCUUGUGUCAUGUUUCAUGUGCCCUUUCGAUUUCUGUGUUUUCAUUUUGUCCUGCUUUAUGGGAAGGAACUAUCAUCAGGUUUUGGUAGCAUUUUUUCUUUGGAGAAGGGAAUAGCCCCAGCCGAGUUUUGGUAGCUUUAAUCUUCCCUAGAAGAAGAAGAUUAGUCAAGUUUGGAACUGGGUUUAUGUAUUUUCUAAUGAGUUUAAAAUUUGCAUAAGUGCAUCUAUCUGUUUGUCCCAAGCGAAGAUUUAUAAAGUUCGAACAAGUAUAUUGAAAACAAUAGGAACAUUCACAACAAUAAAAAUAUCGAAUGUCAAAAUAUAUGCAGUGAUGAAUCUAAUGGUAUUGAUUUGGAAUUGUAUAUGUCAAUAGUUUUUUUUAUAAACAUGACCAAAGUUUAGGAAGUUUGACUUGAGACAAAACUAAUGUCCAGAGAAGUAAAAAACAGAGGGAAUGUCUAUGUUUUCCCCCUAAACAUGAGUUUGAUUUCAUGAUUUGUGAAAAGAAGUUCCAGACAUGGCCGUUGCAAUCAUAGGAAGCAAACUAUCAUUACGUCUGAAAUAUGAGUAGCUAUUAUUGAAGGGUCUGAAUCAUCUAGGAAUAUUCUUAUGUCCCUUAUGUACACUCUUUUAGCAUAUUUGUUAGGCCAAUAUGGAUCAUUCUAUUGACAGACUAGUACUCCCAAAUCAAAUAAUGCUUUGUUUUUCUUGCAUAAAUGAUGUUUACUGGACAAGAUUAGACUUUUUGCAACCAUAUAUAUGAACAAUUUUUCAUUUACAUAUUGAAAUACAUUGUUUGACAGGCCUUGGAACUUAUAUUGUGCUUGACUGGAUAUUUAAGCUGUAGGGUUGGACUGGAGCAAGCUUUCCAUCUCAAUUCUCAUUUUCUAAGGCACAAUGAGCACACAGAAUGUAAUUCCUAUGAAACAUAUCAUUGCUCCUGACAUCAGGGCUCACACCUGCAAUGCUCCACAACCUUCAGUCCAUCAAAUGUUCAAUGCUAAAUCCGAUAUUUACAGUUCGGCAGAUGAUACUUCCCGAGUCUCGUAUGCUGACCUAUCAGACCCGAAUUCAUCCAGCUCUUCCACAUUCUGCACAAGCAUGUACUCAUCGUCGUCGACAAAACCCAGUGGAUUUUCUUUCCUGCCCCAUCCUUCUAAAUGUGAGCAGCAGCAGGUAUCAGCUGCAAAAUCAUUGAGCUCUUCUUUGCUGUUUGCUGCUGAUCUGAGCACUGGCGUUCAUGGUGAUCUUGAACAUCCACUUGAUCUCAAGGACUUCCUUAACCUCUCCGGCAACGCUUCUGACAGUAGCUUCCGUGCAGGAGGCAAUGCCAUGGAUUUCAGUGAGCAGCUGGAGUUUCAGUUCUUGUCUGAACAACUUGGGAUUGCCAUCACCGACAACGAGGAGAUCCCUCGGUUAGAUGACAUAUAUGGCAUACCGCCGCAAUGCUCGCCUAUUCUUGUAUCGCCUUCAUCUGACCAUGAGGGUCUGCGCAGUGGGGGUUCUCCGGUCAAAGUCCAGUUGAGUUCAUCACCAUCAUCAUCGGGAGCUACAGCAUGUAGCAAAACGAGAAUGAGAUGGACACUUGAGCUCCAUGAGCGUUUUGUGGAGGCUCUGAAAAAGCUCGGAGGACCGGAAAAGGCAACUCCCAAGGGUGUGCUGAAGCUUAUGAAGGUAGAAGGCUUGACAAUCUUUCACGUAAAGAGCCAUUUGCAGAACUAUCGACAUGUGAAGUAUAUUCCGGAGAAAAAAGAAGUGAAGAGAACCUGUUCAGAAGAUAACAAGGCAAAAUCAGCACCUGGAAUUGAUUCUGGCAAAAAGAAGAGUUUUCAAAUGGCGGAAGCACUACGGAUGCAAAUGGAGGUUCAGAAACAGCUCCAUGAGCAACUAGAGGUGCAAAGGAAAUUACAGCUGCGCAUAGAGGAGCAUGCAAGAUAUUUGCAGCAGAUACUAGAACAACAGAAGGCCAGAAAAUCCCCGGUACCGAAACCAAAGGAGGAAACAGAGGUCAACACCACUUCAGCUCCGUCGCUGAAGCGUAAACUUUCAGACACCAAAAUAGAACACAACUCGCAGAUGGAUAGCAGAAGGCCAGAGCUACAACUUGAUCUUGAAAGUGAACCAUGAUGAACAAUCAUGGUGCAUGCUUUGACCCUCUUGCCAUGUAGAGUUCUAGUGCUUGCAAUUGCAUAUAUCCUGUUUUUCUUGGAUAUACCUUAUGAUAAGGUCCAUCCAUUAAUGCUGAAAUAGGUUCUAGCUUAGCCAUUGUAUAUAAUUAGUUCUGUUUCCAUUGAAAAAACAAGAUAUUCUCAUAUGUAAUUA